UGUCUCAGUCUCGUGCUCAAGGAUUCUAAAGAUUGUAGGAGAGAAAAUUAAAGAAACCCAGGAAGUUAAGGUUUUUAAAUAUGUUUCCGAUCUCUAGGACUUUUCGGUCGUUUUUAUAUCCGUAAAUAAAACGUUAUAUUAAUACAUGGAUUUGCAUUGUGAUCAUCAGACUCAUAAAUUGAAUGCGAAGUUACUUGGAAGAAACUCAUUCGAACAGCCUUUGAACAUGUCUGCUGAAAAAUAUUCAACUAUGGAUGAACCUUCGCUUCGGAAUCUGCUGGAUGGGACAAUGGACCUGGAUGAGAGGCGUUUGAUCCGUUCAGCCAUUCGGGAGCUGCGGAGGAGGGAGAUCGAAGACAUGGAGGCAGCUCUGGCCAGCAAACGCUUCCGACCCACGUGCCUCAACCAGAACGACAACAAGGAGAACCAACUCACAAACAGGUCAGAUUUGGUCAACUCUCUAGACCUGCUCUCUGUGAAACUGCCAGCCAUCCGAGACAUUGAGGAGCUGACUACUCUGCUGCGUGGGACCAGUGAGUACGAGGAGAGGAAACUGAUCAGAGCUGCCAUCCGCCGCCUCCGAGAGGAGGAGGAGGAGCAGCAGCAGGGUACAGGGGAGAAGGGAAAGACCACCAGUCGACGCCAGGAGUCUGAGGGCCAGGAUCUCCAAAGCAACCUGGAAGCCGGGAGUGCAGAGAGGGAGAGCCUUGGUGAGGGAGAGCCAAUCAAGUCCCAGGAUCGAGAGCUGCGUGGCCACCCGAUACAGCAGGGCAGAGAGCUGCACAGGACAGGCUCCAAGUCAGGCAUGGUUCUGGUUCUGGACCCCCUGGUGAAGGAGGAGGUUUCAGGGCCUCUCCUGACAUGCCCACAGAUGCAGGAUCCUCUGAUGUCAUCAGAUCCUGAUGUCCUUUCCCAUCGGCAGUGCUCUGACUCUACAGGCUCAGACUGCAGCCAGGCCUCCCGGCCCUGUCUGGAGUCUGGAGCAUCAGAUAAGAGCCUCGUUCAGGGCUCAGCCUUCAGGACCCGGGUCGACUCUGGAACCUCAGAUAAGAUUCUCGGUCAGGGCUCAGCCUUCAGGACCCGGGUCGACUCUGGAGCCUCAGAUAAGAGCCUCGGUCAGGGCUCAGCCUUCAGGACCCGGGUGGACUCUGGAGCCUCAGAUAAGAGCCUCGGUCAGGGCUCAGCCUUCAGGACCCGGGUGGACUCUGGAGCCUCAGAUAAGAGCCUCGGUCAGGGCUCAGCCUUCAGGACCCGGGUGGACUCUGGAGCCUCAGAUAAGAGCCUCGGUCAGGGCUCAGCCUUCAGGACCCGGGUGGACUCUGGAGCCUCAGAUAAGAGCCUCGGUCAGGGCUCAGCCUUCAGGACCCGGGUGGACUCUGGAGCCUCAGAUAAGAGCCUCAGUCGGGGCUCAGCCUUCAGGACCCGGGUGGACUCUGGAGCCUCAGAUAAGAGCCUCAGUCGGGGAUCAGCCUUCAGGACCCGGGUGAACUCUGGAGCCUCAGAUAAGAGCCUCAGUCGGGGCUCAGCCUUCAGGGCCCGAGUGGACUCUGGAGCCUCAGACCGAAGCCAGUGUUCAGCCCAAAGAAGCAGAUUGGGGUCUGGGGCCUCAGAGUCCCGCUUCAGAUCAAGAUUGGACUCUGGCAAGUCAGAUUCCAACGUAGGAGCGCCAGCUCCGCUGGUCUCUGAGAAACUCAACAGCCUGGUGCUACAGUCAUGUGAACGGCUAGACUCUGGGACGUCUGACCUGAGCGUGGGUGUGUUGCCCGUGGGGCGUGGUCAAGUGGAGGAACCAGAGGGGGGCGUGAGUCAUUCCUCAUCCAGCACAGACUCCGAGGCUGAGAGCACCAACCACCAUCCAGUCCAGCCCCGUCAAGAAAGCUCCACUACCCACCGUGAUCAGCCUGAUGAGGGUGUCCAACCAAAGAAAGCACCAGGCUCCUACAGUGGCCUUCUUAAUGGCAGUUCCAGGGAAAGAGGAAACAUCCAGGAACAGAAGGUCAGGAAUACUGUACUCUCGCAUCUCAGCAAAACGAAGGAUGCAGUGCCUGAAAAGGAGCCGGUUGUCUUGGCUCCGUUUGUUCGGGCUAAUUCUGUGCGGGACCGAAUGCGAAAGUUCACAGAGCCCAGUCCCAGUCCCUGUGUCCCGUUCCUAAAGAGGGGCUCUCAGUCUCUGAGGAACAGUACAUUUCCCAGUGUCCUAAGCAGAACCACCCAGCUGAGUGAGGGGCCAGCCAAGCAGACACCAGGGACCACUACAUCCAUCAGCAACCCUGCAGACAGGCUCGGGAAAUCACACACAGGCGCUACAUCCUACUCUUCAUCCUCCUCCGACAACCGUGGCCAAUGCCAGGGCCCAGUUCAACCGAGAGGCGUGGCCUCGGAACCUCUGCAAAGUUCUGACCAAUCCCUGAACACUGUAGGUGGGACAAAGCGGCCGGCUGAAAAGCUGCUGCACACCGCUGGCAGCACAAAGGAAGACAAGACUCCAGGGAGAGCAUCUGCACAGCGGGACAGCCAGGGAGAGGAAGACCCCGACAUGAAGACCUUCCUGACUAUCGAGAUCAAAGAUGGGCACGCUACCACCACCUCCUCUUCGUCUAGAGGGAACAUGACCUCCUUGACCCCAAUGGCUCCACGCAUCACCACCAACUCUGUGGGUCAGAGAGCAGAGUUGACCCUGGGCCUGAGAGCGACCCCCUUCAAGAUCUCCUCCUCCGGAUCCUCUUUCAAGAUAGAGACAGAGACUGUGACCGCCUCAGAGCCAGUGUUUGUAGCAGAGCCAUCUGUGAAGGUGGCGUGCUGUCAGGCCACGGCUGCUGUACCCAAUGGGUCCUCUACAGGUCAGACCAAAGUUGAAGAACACUCUGGAAAACUGACCGCAGAACAGUUGGCUGCCAUUGAAGAUGAGGAGCUCCUGGAUAAAAUGCUUGAUGAGUCAAAGGACUUUGAGGAGAGAAAAAUGAUCCGACUGGCCAUGAGGGAUCUGCGUAAGAGAAAGAGAGAGGGUGUACUGGGAUGUACUCAAGAAGAAAUAGACCAGAGAGAAAAGGAGAGGGAGGUUCGUCUGGCGGAGCUACGGCAGCAACGAGGGGAUCGCGGUCAGAAGGGUUGUACAGGAGGAGCUGGAGAGGUGGUGGUGAAGAAGGUGGAGAAGUCAGCUGAUGGCUCCACUCUCCGAGAAGUCACCAAGACAGACCGAUUCGCCCAGUCUGGAGACGGCAGCAGGACGGCUCACAGCACCAUCACGGAGGCCAGUUAUGUGAAGAAAACAGAUAUGGGGACAGUCCAGUCAAAGUCCUACAGCUACACCUCUUCCAGCUCUUCCAGCUCUGCCAGGAAAGUGGGCAGUGUGUUUGACCGCGAAGAUGACUCUUCAUCCCGAGCUGCGGAGCGCAGGCAAGCAGAGAAGCGUAAGGAGCUGAUGAGGGCCCAAACUCUGCCCAAGACGUCUGCGGCCCAGUCCCGCAGAGCCAUGAUCGACAAACUGGAGAAGGAGAGCGGAGGGUCAGGCAAUAAGGCGGUUGCCAAGGUGAACACUGUUCAGCGUUCUGCUAGCUGUAUGGUACCCAAUGCCAACUCCAUCAAACAGAUGCUGUUGGACUGGUGCCGUGCCAAGACACGUUCAUACGAGAAUGUGGACAUCCAGAACUUCUCAUCCAGUUGGAGCGACGGCAUGGCAUUCUGUGCCCUGGUGCACAACUUCUUCCCAGAGGCGUUUGACUACUCCUCUCUUAACCCUGCCAAUCGCAGACACAACUUUGAGGUGGCUUUCAGCACUGCUGAGGACUUUGCCAACUGCAUGCCCCUGCUGGAGGUGGAGGACAUGAUGAUCAUGGGGAAGAAGCCUGACUCCAAAUGUGUGUUUACCUACGUACAGUCACUGGUCAACCACCUGCGCAGACAUGAGAUGAAACUCGCCAAGGCCAUGGAGAAACUCCAGGGUACCGACCUCUAAACUUCCCCCUGUUCUCACUGUGGAUCAGCCCGUACAGCUCCUCUUUCCCCUCCUCUCCCAACAGGUUAACAGGAACCCAGACCGUGUGUGAUGGGUGUUACUGAUUUGCACAUCACUGAUUGGUGGAAGAGGGCUUUUGUCAGUGUUUGUCACUCUCAUGAUUAUCUUUGUGGACAGUGGUGGCCUGUCAGACAUACAUCCCAUCUUCCAAAAAGAGACAUAAACAUUUGUAUCAUAUUUCUAUGCUUAAAUUGACAUUUUAUAUUGAAAUAGAGUUGUUUAGCCUGUCUUAAGGCAAUUCUAUCAAUUAUUUGGAAAUUCUGGGGUUGGUCCCGGAAGAUACCAACAAAACCCUACAUGAAAUGUACAUGGAAAAAAUGCCUACAUUUUUUUUCUGUUACAAUUUAAAUGAAUGUUACUCAAGCUAUUCAUAAUAAUGAUAAAGAAAAAGUACAUGAUGUAUUUCUUGCUAUUGCUUCAAUCCCCACUAUGGUACCGUUAAAGGUGUUACCAAGUCUGCAUGCUUUUUAAAACACAUCUACUUGAAUUGUUUUAAAUAUUUUGUUGUUAGUUAUCAUUAUUACUAUUUAAGUUAAUUCAUAAGCACUGGUAUGGAGAGAUAUUGGCAUUAUGACAUUGGAGUACCUGUCUGCCCUCUGAAGCCUUGAGUAACCACCACACAUCUACAGACUGGCUUGUUUGGUGGGUGAUUAUGCCUAUUUUUAAACAGACAGCCUAAUGCUUAGCUUUUCUUCACUAAUUGUACUUUUAAUCAUAUCAGCUCGAAAAACUAAAUAGAUCAUACACUACCAUUCAGAAGUUUGGGGUCACUUAGAAAUGUCCUUGUUUUCCAUUGAAUAGGAAAUCCCCUACCACAAGUUCUCACAUGGAAUUGCCUUCAUUUCUUGGAAAACAAGAAUAGGCUGAGUUUCAGGAGAAUGUUCUUUGUUUUUGGCCUUUUUGAGCCUAUAAUGGAACCCACAAUUACUAAUGCUCCAGAUACUUAACUAGUCUAAAGGCCAGUUUUAUUGUUUCUUUAGUCAGCACAACAGUUUUCAGCUGAAAAUGAAGAACAUAAUUGCAAAAGGGUUUUCUAAUGAUCAAUUAGCCUUUAAAAAGUAUUACAUUUGAUUAGCAAACAACGUGCCAUUCGAACACAGGAGUGAUGCUUGCUGAUAAUGGGCCUCUGUACGCCUAUGUAGAUAUUCCAUAAAAAAAAUCAACUGUUUUCAGCUACAAUACUCGUUUACAUCAACAAUAUCUGCACUGUAUUUCUAAACGAUUAUUAUUUGAAUUUAUUUUUCUCUAAGUGACCCCAAACUUUUGGAAGGCAGUGUAUGUGAUUAGAGAUGUAUUUGGACGAAUAAUCAAUUAAUGAAGAAAAAAUAUAUUCUGCUUCAUGCAGUGUAUGUACCAUUUUACACAUUCUAACUCCCUCUGAGACACCUGUAAAAUGUGGGGUCACAGCCAUUAUCAAUUUCAAUCCAAGUGCCUUGCUCAAGGACAAAGACUGAUUUUGUCAGCUCUAGAUUAAAAUGUGCAUCCUAUGUUACUAGCAAUGCAUUAACUGCUAGACUACCUGCCUCCUAGGUUAAAGUCAGAAAACAUUUUAAUAAGUGUACUGAAAUGUUGUGAUGUGUAACUUUAUAUAAUACACCAGUCAUAAUUUUGAUUUCAAUGGAGAAGCCCCAGUGCUGAAAAUAUGUAAAAUGCUUCUUCGUAAAAUCACUCAUUGGUGUUGUUUAUAGAUUAUCUUUCCCUAUGUUUUUCUUCCUGUCCUUGCCUGUUUGCUAUAAUGGGGCCUAAACAGACUACAGUCAGAUUCACACUGCCAUUGCUAGUGGGUUCUUAAUUUAUGCGUGCAUGGGUUAUAUUUUUUAAAAUAAGAUUUUACAAGUAUACUUUAAAGUUAUGUUUCAUCAGUCAGUCUAUAAAUCCAACCUAUAGGCAGAAAGGUAUAUGCUAAUAUCAUUAUUUUUAAUAUGGAAGAUUUGUUGGAGGGCAACUUCUCUAUUCUACACGCUUGGGCCCAAUGAAAGCUGGCUUUCAGCUCAGUUGAUAUGAGAGGUUAAACAGAAAAUCUGGCUAAAUGUACUUUAUUGGCAAAAUGUGUUCUAAACUCUAGUAGGAAAAAAUCUUAUUGUUUCUUUAUCUAGAAAUUACUUUGUUUCAACUUCCCAUAGUUUUUUAACUGGUUUUAAUGUAAUUCAUUGCUUUGUUUUCUUAAAAUCUAUAAUUGAGACUAGAGGAAUGUACUGUUUUCAAUAUUCCACUUCUGCCAAUUUGGCAACCAGAGAACUUCCGUAUAUUAGUAAAUCCUGUUCUAUACACUAUAUACCUGCUUGGUCACAUUGUCAUAAUUCCAUGUUUCUGUACACCACAAAUGUGAAUUAACAAUUAAAACCAAUUUAAGAAACAA